UUUGGGGUAGCGUUUUCUAUUCUUCUUCCUCAAUGGAUAAUCAAGCAGUCACGGCAGAUCCUCAACUGCAGCAGUUCAUCGAGGUUGAGUCUCAAAAGCAGAGGUUUCAACAGCUGGUUCAUCAAAUGACAGAAGUGUGCUGGGAGAAGUGCAUGGAUAAACCUGGUCCAAAGCUUGACUCUAGGACAGAGGUUUGUUUUGUAAACUGCGUGGAACGAUUCAUCGACACAAGCCAGUUCAUCCUCAACAGACUAGAGCAAACCCAGAAGAGUAGGGCGUCUUUCUCAGAGACCAUGACAGACUACUAGAGUCCUAUAGUCACUGUCUGGAUGAAGAGACUGCACCAGUCAGCCACUUAUUCAGGCUUUGGCAUGCCAACAUACGAACUUUGAGGGAACUGCUAUCAACAAGGUGAACAAAAUCAAUUUUAGUUUUCAAAGUGCCUCAUUUUGCUCCUUUUUUGUUUUGAAGGCCAUACUCUCUAUAUUUAAAGGAUGCACAUACAGUCCACAGCAAGUCUCUAAUCAGUACCAUUGGUGUAGACAUUUGCCAUUUAUAAGACUAGCAUGCAUACUGGAACAUGCUUUGAGUGGAACAUCUCUCAUUGGUCCCUUUGUAUGGAUCUAAUUACCUGGAAUUGGGGAGGAGGCACUCCAUUCACUUCCUUUUCAAAAUACCAGUACUCAUUGCAUACCAUAUCAGCAAAGCAUUGUCUUACUGGGAAUGCUUGAAGAUCUGUGGCAUAUAACGUCUGUUGAAAUGUGGACUUCUAAUAAAAGGUGAAAUAGCCUGCAGUUAUUAAUAUGAUGCCUAAAAAUGUCAUAAGAGUUAGAAAGUAGAAGAGUAGUUGGAAAGCUUUGAAUAAGAUUUGUCAAAGAAGAGGUUAAAAGUUUCAGCUGGCUAUUUAUUAAAAUACCUUUUUUUAAACAUGCACUUCAGAUAUGUAAUAGAACAAUGCAAAAUCUCAGAAUUUAAGUUGUUGCUAAAGAAAAUUAUUUAAAAUAUAUACAAAUAUGUUCUAAAAGGCCUUACUCUAUCACCUGUGUAAUGCAAUUUCUAAAAGUUGUCAAGCCCAUAUAGUUUUGUGUUUUAAACCAAAUCUUGCUUCAUAAUGCACAUAUUUUGGCAUUACAUGUUCAUUUGAUUCUCCUUAUUAUGGAUUAAUGUAAACCUACAUACAGUUGUGCUCAAAAGUUUGCAUACCGUGGCAGAAAUUGUGAAAUUUUGGCAAUGAUUUUGAAAAUAUCAUGCAAAAAUUGUUUGCAAAUUUUGCUCCUUUUAUUUAAGGAUAGUGAUCAUAUGAAGCCAUUUAUUAUCACAUAGUUGUUUGGCUCCUUUUUAAAUCAUAAUGAUAACAGAAAUCACCAAAAUGGCCCUGAUCAAAAGUUUACAUACCCUUGAAUGUUUGGCCUUGUUACAGACACACAAGGUGACACACACAGGUUUAAAUGGCAAUUAAAGGUUAAUUUCAAACACCUGUGGCUUUUUAAAUUGCAAUUAGUGUCUGUGUAUAAAUAGUCAAUGAGUUUGUUAGCUCUCACGUGGAUGCACUGAGCAGGCUAGAUACUGAGCCAUGGGGAGCAGAAAAGAACUGUCAAAAGACCUGCGUAACAAGGUAACGGAACUUUAUAAAGAUGGAAAAGGAUAUAAAAAGAUAUCCAAAGCCUUGAAAAUGCCAGUCAGUACUGUUCAAUCACUUAUUAAGAAGUGGAAAAUUUGGGGAUCUCUUGAUACCAAGCCAAGGUCAGGUAGACCAAGAAAGAUUGCAGCCACAACUGCCAGAAGAAUUGUUCGGAAUACAAAGAAAACCCACUGGUAACCUCAGUCUGCUCUGGAAAAAGACGGUGUGGUUGUUUCAAGGAGCACAAUACGACGAUACUUGAACAAAAAUGAGCUGCAUGGUCGAGUUGCCAGAAAGAAGCCUUUACUGCACCAAUGCCACAAAAAAGCCCGGUUACAAUAUGCCUGACAACACCUUGACACGCCUCACAGCUUCUAGCAUACUGUAAUUUGGAGUGAUGAGACCAAAAUAGUGCUUUAUGGUCAAAACCAUAAGUGCUAUGUUUGGAGAGGGGUCAGCAAGGCCUAUAGUGAAAAGAAUACCAUCCCCACUGUGAAGCAUGGUGGUGGCUCACUUAUGUUUUGGGGGUGUGUGAGCUCUAAAGGCACAGGGAAUCUUGUGAAAAUUGAUGGCAAGAUGAAUGCAGCAUGUUAUCAGAAAAUACUGGCAGACAAUUUGCAUUCUUCUGCAUGAAAGCUGCACAUGGGACGCUCUUGGACUUUCCAGCAUGACAGUGACCCUAAGCACAAGGCCAAGUUGACCCUCCAGUGGUUACAGCAGAAAAAGGUGAAGGUUCUGCAGCGGCCAUCACAGUCUCCUGACCUUAAUAUCAUCGAGCCACUCUGGGGAGAUCUCAAACGUGCGGUUCAUGCAAGACGACCAAAGACUUUGCAUGACCUGGAGGCAUUUUGCCAAGACGAAUGGGCAGCUAUACCACCUGCAAGAAUUUGGGGCCUCAUAGACAACUAUUACAAAAGACUGCAUGCUGUCAUUGAUGCUAAAGGGGGCAAUAAACAGUAUUAAGAACUAAGGGUAUGCAGACUUUUGAACAGGGGUCAUUUCAUUUUUUUGUUUGUUGCGAUGUUUUGUUUUAUGAUUGUGCCAUUCUGUUAUAACCUACAGUUGAAUAUGAAUCCCAUAAGAAAUAAAAGAAAUGUGUUUUGUCUGCUCACUCGUGUUUUCUUUAGAAACGGUACAUAUAUUACCAAUUCUCCAAGGGUAUGCAAACUUUUGAGCACAACUGUAUAGCCAAAAACAAGGUUGGUUGCAAAGCUGUUUGGUCCUAGAAUAAAUAAUGUAAUACAUUUAAUAAGAUGUUGAUGUACAGCAGACUAUUAAACACUGUGUUGCUACUGCAUAGUUUUUAUAUUUAAAAACUAUUAAGUGACUGCAAAAAUCCUCCUUACCCUUAAAAUAUCAACAGUGUGAAACAGUAACAAACUGGUAAGAUGAUAAUGGCAAUAUUAUUCUUGAAAAUGUCAGAGAAGUACCUUGUAUGCUAAAACACAACAAAGCAGAAAUGCAAAUUAAAGUAAUCCCACAUUAA